AUGGGUAAUCAGGUGAGCACACCUGCUGCCGCUGUCGCUUCGGCCAGUCAGCAAGGCGGAUGUCCAGUGCAGCAUGAAGCUAAGAAAGCACCGGAGGGAUGCCCUGUGCAACACGAUGCCAAGAAGAUCGAAGGCUGUCCCGUGCAGCAUGAUAAGAAGCCGUCGAUGACCGAUGCCAUGUCGGGUGGAUGUCCGGUGGUCAAGGACGGCAAGGAGGAAAAAGAGAUCUACAACGUCUACGGACAGCGCAUUGAUCCGACCAAUAUGAUGCCGUACAAUCCGAACCAGGACCCCAAUGCCGAACAGCGCUACCCGUUGCCUCAGGGCCGUGUGCAGUCCACGAUCCCUAAGGGCGGAACCGAGGGCACGUGGCUGUAUCCGUCCGAACAAAUGUUUUUCAACGCGCUUAAACGCAAGGGCAAGGGUGAAGACGUGCACGAGGGUGACGUGAAGGCUAUUGUGUCCAUUCACAACAACAUGAACGAGCGCGCUUGGGCGCAGGUGGAGCAUUACGAGACAGUAUGCCACCCGGACCUCGAGAGCUCAAAGCUGCUCAAGUUCUGCGGCCGUCCAGACAAACUCACGCCUAUUGCGUGGAUCAAGAGCAUGCUAGGAUACGGCGAGCCCUUCGACCGUCACGACUGGACCGUCCAGCGUAGCGACAACACGCAGGUACGCUACGUCAUUGACUACUAUUUCGACGAUGAGAAGUCCGCACAGGACGAAGUACCUGAGCUGCACUCUGAGAAUAAGGUCAAGAGUAUCUCCAUGUACGCUCGUCCGGCUGUGGACUCGGUGGGCGCUUUGGUCGACAGAAUUAAGUUCCCAAUUAUGGGCUUCGUGAAUGGACUGAAGGACCCCGAUCUUACUGCUCGUUCUGCUCUGGUUGAGCAUACGCAGCAGGACAAGGAUGCUCUGGAGCCGCUUUCCGUGGAGGAGGUUGAACAGACAUUCGCUAAGGUGAAGGACACGUGCAAGAGCUGCAUGCAGGAGGUCAAGACUUGCAGCAACGAAGUGCAGUGCUCACAGGCAGCUAUGGCGCUUCAGCUUUGCAUGGGUCGCAUCAUCUGUCCGCCACAAGCCUCUGCCUUCACUAAGGCUCUUGAGGGCGGCGACGAGGCAGCAGUUGAGGCUGCUUUUGACGCCAUGAGCACCAGUCUAGAGCAAUUCCAGGAGCGCGGAGCUAGCGCAAUGCAGGAGCAGGCUGUGCGUGAAUCUUUGGCCAAGAAGUAA